CCCCUCUCUUCAAAGUGGUCCUUAUACUUCCUAUUAUACGCGUUAACGUUCUGGAGGUACCGACAGCUUUUUUAACGACACUAUCCAAUAAACCCUGCAACUCCCAUUCUCCUCAGAAAAACAGCGUCAAGCUGCAUCAUUCCUGCCACGAUGACGACAAUGGACCUCCGUGUCGGUAACAAAUACCGGAUUGGCCGUAAAAUAGGCAGCGGCAGUUUCGGUGACAUUUAUCUCGGCACCAAUAUCAUUUCCGGAGAAGAGAUCGCUAUCAAACUUGAGAGCGUAAAGGCCAAACACCCACAGCUUGAAUAUGAGGCCCGUGUCUACAAAUCUCUGGCCGGAGGCGUCGGGAUUCCCUUUGUUCGCUGGUACGGCACCGAAUGUGACUACAAUGCAAUGGUCAUCGAUUUGCUUGGCCCCAGCUUGGAAGAUCUAUUCAACUUUUGCAACCGCAAAUUCUCCCUGAAGACCGUGCUUCUGUUGGCUGAUCAGCUUAUCUCCCGUAUCGAAUACAUCCAUGCAAAAUCUUUUAUUCACCGUGAUAUCAAACCGGACAACUUCUUGAUGGGCAUUGGGAAACGUGGCAAUCAAGUCAACGUGAUCGAUUUCGGUCUCGCUAAGAAAUAUCGUGACCCAAAGACCCAUUUCCACAUUCCGUAUCGUGAAAACAAGAACCUGACUGGCACUGCGCGAUAUGCCAGUAUCAAUACUCACUUGGGAGUGGAACAGUCUCGUCGUGAUGAUAUGGAGUCCCUUGGCUAUGUCAUGCUCUAUUUCUGCCGUGGAUCUCUUCCAUGGCAAGGACUGAAGGCCGCUACCAAAAAACAGAAAUAUGACCGCAUCAUGGAGAAAAAGAUGACCACCCCCACUGAGGUUCUCUGCCGCGGAUUCCCCAACGAAUUCUCUGUGUAUUUGAACUACACUCGGUCUCUACGUUUCGAUGACAAGCCGGAUUAUUCCUACCUCAGAAAAAUCUUCCGCGACCUGUUUGUCCGAGAAUCCUUCCAAUACGACUACGUAUUUGAUUGGACCGUUUACAAGUAUCAGAAGAAUGCACAAGCGAUUGCUCAGGCAACUGGUAACCAAGCUGCUGAGGAUGAGGAAAAGCACCGUCGUCAUCCUGCCAACACUCAGAAUCCUCAGGUCAAGCCAUCGGCCCUUGCGGCUCCCCGUCGCAAGGUUGUGGAACGCAUCCCAAGUGGAACUGUCGAUACUCCCGACUCAAAUCGCGCCGUUGGGGGAACUGAAAGGAUGCUUCGUUCUGCUUCUAAGGGUGUUAAUGCGGGUGCUGGCUACACCAGUACUGCUUACCACCGUUCGAAGCGGGAUGAUGGUACUGGUGCUAAUUGGUACUGAUUUAUUUUGCGAGCGGUGGUUACUUCGUCCUUUUUAAGUCUCGGAUUUUCUUUGUGGUGUGGUAAUAUGCAAGCAUCUAGCAUAUUUGCCCACUAAGCUCUGAGACCUUUUCCUCGUUCUGAAUCCCCUCCAUUUUUAUGGUGUGUUUAGCCAUUCGUUCAGUCAUUUCUCGACCUCGGUUAUUUGUAAUCCAUGGAUAUCGUCGCUUCGGCCCUUCGCCCCAUCGCAGUCAACUUUCGUACGAUUAACUUGCGCCGGCGACUUUUAACCCCGUCGAGUUACUAUUUAUCAUGGAAUAACUGGAUGCAGGCUUUCAGAACAUAUUUUGUCUCCCUUCCUUGGCCCUUUCGGUUGCGCUUUUCGAUGAAGAUUAUUCACUUUGUUCAACCAAUACAGUCAGGGAAGUGGUACACGCUCUCUAAAGGGAUGUCCUAAGCGAUUACCACAAUAUGGUUCUAUCAGCCAUCGGUUUCCUGGGUUCCCAGAAAUGUAGCCCAGAUUUUCUCUCCCCUUCCUAGUAAUCAUCUUUUGUUCAGCCCACAUUUCCCACAUCCUAAAUUGUCAUUUUUUUUUUUGUUUUUCUUUUUUCCUUGUGAUGCAUUUUACGUUUGACGAAAGCAAAGGGGACGAGCAACAUUUAACAACGCGGAGAGGGUAUGUCUGAGGAGAACGGAUAAUGAUUUCCUGCUUCCCCGUUAUCAGCUCAUGAUUAAAUUGGUGGAAAUUAUUAUUCUCUUCAACUUCGACGCGACGCGGAACUAUUCCGCGCCGAUACCUCCUCUGCUCGGGAAAAUGGCGACGGAUUUAUGGCUUAGGGUCGCUUCCGGGGUGGUAUUUCGUCAAACGUGUUUCCUAUGCUUUGGAUUCGUAUUUCUGACUUCUUGUUGCACUUCCUGUUUCCACAAUUUUUCAUUUUUUCAAGGAGAAGAGAGGCCUAGGUAAUGAGGAGAGAGAGUGAAAGACGAUCCUGGGGUUUUGCAGCAGUGUUGGGAUACACACGCGUCUGGGGAGGUUCAUGAAGGCCAGAAGGUGAUGCUUUUUCUUUGACAUGCUUUUUCAAUUGCCCCCUUUCUUUCCUUCACGAAUUAUUUAUCUACUUUAUCUUCGUUCCCUCUUUUAACUACAUAUCUGUUAGCAACGCCAACAUAUUUUUUUUCUCAAUUGC